CAGGCUCUAUAAAUAACAGCUCAAACUUCUCCAGCAUUCAUCCCUCAGCAUUGUUUCUCAAUCCUUCUUUUCAAAACCUAUCUCCUCAAUUUAUCUUAUCAGCUCUAGUUAAGUAUAAUGGGUGUCCAGAAGAGCGAAGUAGAAGUAACAUCUACAGUCGCCGCAGGCAAGUUGUACCAGGUCUUGUGCCUCGACAUCGAUACACUUCUUCCUCAGGCUCUCCCUGGCGCUAUCAAGAGUUCUGAAAUCCUUCAAGGAGACGGCGGAGUUGGAACCAUCAAGCUUGUCCAUCUCGGAGAUGCCAGCCCCUACAACACAAUGAAGCAGAAGAUUGAUGCAAUUGACAAGGAAGCCUUAACUUACAGUUACUCUGUAAUCGACGGGGACAUUCUCUUGGGAUUCAUCGACUCCAUUAACAAUCAUGUUGUGUUCGUGCCUAAAGCUGACGGAGGCUGCACCGUGAAGAACACAAUCAUAUUCAACACCAAAGGCGACGCUGUCGUGCCAGAAGAGAGUAUUAAGUAUGCUACUGAGACCAACAAUGCCAUUUUCAAGGCUGUUGAGGCCUACCUCACUGCAAAUUAAUGACUCCAUUUGUUGAUGAGAUUUUAGAAGGCUAAAGAUGCCGAAGCUUAAUAAGAAUUUGUGUAUGUGAGAAAAUCAGUGUCUCCUUGAAAUAAAUAAAAUGUCACGACACAAAUGUGUAAUGGUUCUGAAAUUAUGCAUCUCAGCAAUUGUUGUUCA